AUGUCCCUUGCAGCUUUCAUUAGACGAUCGUAUGGAAUAACUAUACCUAUGCCCAAGCUCAUCAACUAUCAGACCACAAUCUCGGAUGUUUCAAAAUAUAUUCGGGCUGCGACCAAGGUCGAAGGUGAGAAGCCCAUAGAGUCAGCAUCUAGUCUUGAUUUGAUGCAAGAAAUUGCCGAUCUAGAUAUACAAUUAGCCUCGAUGCAGCAUUACUUUGGAGUUGUCUUCCUGACAGGGGCCAGCGGUUUUCUAGGCACUCAGAUACUUCGAGAACUUCUUGAAAGACCUGGAGUCAAGAAGAUUAUCGUACAUGUACGCUCUUCAUCCAAUGAGAAUGGCAAACAACGAAUCAUAGCAGCAGCUAAAUCCGCAAGAUGGUGGCGUGAAACUUUCGCAACGAAGCUCGAAAUAUGGACGGGAGACUUAGCUGAACCCAUGUUAGGUUUGAGUUUCGAACAAUGGCAACACCUAAGCACAGUCGAUGCCAUCAUCCACAAUGGAGCUUCAGUGCAAUGGAAUGCGGACUUUCACACCCUUAAAGCAGCCAAUGUCACAUCUACCUUUGAUAUUUUGAAGAAUAUCAUAGGGGCUAUUUCGCCUCCGAGAUUCGUCUAUGUAUCCGGAGGUCGUGACUUCGAAGGAGAGAUGGAUGAUAAUACGACCGCCAUGAAAUUGAAGGGACUUGAUGGUUACAGUCAAACAAAGUUCGUUUCAGAGCUGAUGCGAGCCACAUCUUUUGCCAAAGGCAAUCACGUCUCUAUCGUCAAGCCGGGACUGAUCGUUGGUACAAUCCGGGAAGGAGUUGCCAAUACCACUGACUUCCUAUGGAGAUAUGUAGCUGGCGCAAUAAGCGUCGGUGCAUAUCCUAUUCCAGACAAAAAUGAUUGGUUGACUGUUGCACAUGCGGAUUUCGUUGCAAAUUCUACUAUCAAUGCUUUGGUCAAUACUCCAAAUAACUCAAAUUGUACAUUGGAUAUAACUGGCGGAAUCGAUAUGCAACGAUUUUGGGAUAUUGUCAAUAAAACUAUGGGACAUCGGCUCCACCCGACGACUUCGAAUGAAUGGGCAAAGUUGAUCCAGAAGGAUAUGGAGAAGAAGACGGAAGCACAUCCGCUUUGGCCGGUAGCUCAUCUUAUCACUGAGGAGGGUAAUUUUGGCAAGAGCAAAAGACCAAGGGAAUUGGAUACUGUGUUUGAGAAGCAGAUAGAGGAGGCGAUCAAGAAGAAUGUGGAGUAUUUGAACGAGAUUGGUUAUUUUAGGUAG